UCGGCGAAAAGACCGCGUUUCUUUGGUCCAGACACGUGAAGUCCCGCCUACUGUCCGUUUACCAUUGGUCAAACGAAUGAGAUUGGCUUCCCGGAGUCUACAAUAGGGGAAAGGAAACGGAAGUGCGGAGUGAAUCCUAUCGACCAAGACUGCGCCCGCCUCCGUUGCCGCUAACAACUACUGUGACUAACAGUUGUUGACCAAUGAGGGCGGGAGUGGGAAGUGGCGAAUCCUGUCCUCGAGAGAGUCUGGGAGACGGGUUCGGGACGAGUGUCAAUAGUCUCUACAGAAAUUUCCCCUUCUCUCCUGCCUCCCCAAGUUUGAGACAUAACCACGUAUUCCAGCCUCAUCCUGAACUGUCCUAGAGCGACGUUUCCAGAAGCGCUGACAACGUGGAGCAGAUGUGGGAGAGAAGUAUUAGAAGAUCUCAGCCACACCUGCUCUGCUUCCAGAAGUCCCUCCCUGCCUUCCUCUCCUGCAGUAUCCUCCUCCCUGCUCACUCUGCCCUGGACACACAGGCCUCUUGCCUUUCCCUGGGGAUGCUGUAGCUCCUUCCUUAGGACAUUCCUUUGGUUCUGUCUAAGCUUAGAACUCACUGGGGCAUCAGCUGCAGGUGGCAGACACCUUCCUUCCCAGGUCUUUGCUCUGGUAUUAUCAUCUCCAUGGAGAUUUCUGUGGCCUCUCCACCUUCCCCUGACACCCUAACCACAUACUCACUCCCUGGUCCAUGCUGCCUGCUCUGCAUGUUUCUUUCUGAUCCUUCCCAGUCUGCUGUCUGGAUCCUGGGGACAACAAGGCUCCAAAGGGAGAGCUGAGCCAGAGUAUCCCACUGUGUAGGCUGGCCUGGUAUUUGUGGUGAUCCUCCUGCCCCUGCCUCCUGAAUGCUGGGAAUUCAACCGUGCUAGGAUUAACCUUUAAAAACUUAAGGAAGAAGCCUAGAAGAGGAGGAAGAGGAACAAAAAGGAGUCGAGAAUGGCUGUUAUUCAGGGUCUGUUGACAUUCAGGGAUGUGGCCAUAGAGUUCUCCCAAGAGGAAUGGAAAGGCCUGGACCCUGCUCAGAGGACUUUAUACAGGGAUGUGAUGUUGGAGAACUACAGGAACCUGGUCUCCCUGGGAAUCUCUUCUUUUGACCUGAAUGUUGUUUCCAUGUUGGAGCAAGGAGGAGAGCCCUGGAGUGUACAUGGUCAAGUGAAAGUAUCUGGAAACUCAAAUGGGAGGGAAUAUGUCGAAGGUGUGACCACAGAUAUGUCUCCUAAAUGUUUCAUCAAGGAGUUUUUACCAAAAAGGAAAAGUGAUACAGGAGAAAUGUUCCACACAGUAAUAUUGGAAAGACAUAAAAUCCAUGAGAUUCAAGAAUUGUAUUUCAAAGAAAUCCAGACAAAUAUACAUGACUUUGAGUGCCAUUGCAGUGAGGAUGGAAGACUUGACACAGGAUUCUGUGUGAAUCACAAGGAAAAUCUCAUUAACAGAAGAGAUGAACAUGGUAGGAGAACUGCAGGAAAGAAACAUAUUAAAAAUUGGCCUAGAUUAAACUUUCAGACACAUCAACCUAAAUUGCAGCUAUUUGACACAGAAAGGAAGUUUAAUGAGUGGAGUUACAUUGAGCAGUCUGUCAACAGUGAUUCCUCAGUUUCAUCCAACCAAAGAAAUCCUUCCAGUAUCAAAAACAAUAUUUCUCAUGAAUAUGAAAAUGAUUUUCUUCAGUCUCCAUUUUUCACACAAGAACAGGUGAUGCACAUUAGUACAAAACUUUACAAACGGAAUGAGUGUGACAAGUCGUUUAACCAAUGCUCACAAUUUACUGUGCAUCAGAUAGUCCAUGCUGGAGAGAAGCAAUUUCUAUGUGAUAUAUGUGGUAAGGUUUUCAAUCAGAAAUCUAACCUUAGAAGUCAUCAGAGAAUGCAUACUGGAGAAAAGCCUUUCAAAUGUAAUGAGUGUGGCAAUUUUUUUAGGUAUAGGUCAUCCCUAUCAAAGCAUCAGAAAAUCCAUACUGGAGAGAAACCUUACAAAUGUAAUGAAUGUGGUAAAGUGUUCGGUUGUAAUGCAUACCUUGCAGUACAUCUGAUAAUUCAUACUGGAGAGAAACCUUUCAAAUGUAAUGAAUGUGGCAAAUUGUUCAGUCGAAAUUCUGACCUUGCAUAUCAUUGUAAGAUUCAUAGUGGAGAGAAACCUUACAAAUGUACUGAAUGUGAAAAGGUCUUCAGACAUAAGUCAUACCUUGCAUGUCAUCAAAGAAUUCAUACCGGAGAAAAACCUUACAAAUGCAAUGAAUGUGGGCAAGUAUUUAGUCUAAACUCAUCUCUGACACAUCAUAGGAGAAUUCAUAUUAGAGAGAGAUCUUACAAAUGUAAGGAAUGUGGCAAGGUCUUCAGUCACAAGUCAUACCUAGCAAAUCAUCAGAGAAUCCAUACUGGAGAGAAACCUUACAAAUGUAAUGAAUGUGGCAACGUUUUUUGUCGUAAGUCAUCACUAGCAAAGCAUCAAAGAAUCCAUACUGGAGAGAAACCUUACAAAUGCAAUGAGUGUGGUAAAGUGUUCAUUUGUAAUUCAUACCUUGCAGAACAUCUGAUAAUUCAUGCUAGAGAAAAACCAUUCAAAUGUAGUGAAUGUGACAAGGUGUUCAGUCGCAAUUCCCGCCUUGUAUGUCAUCUUAGGAUUCAUACUGGAGAGAAACCUUACAAAUGCAGUGAAUGUGGAAAGGUCUUCAGAGAAAAGUCAUACCUAGAAUGUCAUCGAAGAAGUCAUACUGGAGAGAAACCUUACAAAUGCAAUGAUUGUGGCAAGAUGUUCAGUCUGAAUUCAUCCCUAGCACAUCAUCGGAGAAUUCAUACUGGAGAGGGACCUUACAAAUGUAAUGAAUGUGGCAAGGUCUUCAGUCGCAAGUCAUAUAUAGCAAAGCAUCAGAGAGUCCAUACUGGAGAGAAACCAUACAAAUGUAGUCACUGUGGCAAUGUUUUCUGUCGUAAGUCAUCCCUAGCAAAGCAUCAAAGAAUCCAUACUGGAGAGAAACCUUAAAAUGUAAUCAAUGUGGAAAAAUUGCCAUCAAAUUUCACACUCUGUACAAGAUCAAACCAUUCAAAGUAGAGAGAAACCAUGGGCCAGGGAUUUAGCUCAAUGGUUCUGCUGCCUGCUUUGCAAAUGCAAGGUCUCGAGUUUGAUCCCCAGUACCAAAAAAAAAAAAUGGAAAGAAACCUUUCACAAUAUAAUGAAUAGUCAUAGUCUUUAAUCACAAUUCCUGCCUUCCACAAGAUCUGAUAAUUCAUGCUGGAGAAAAAUCUUAUGAAUUAAUGAAUGUGGCAAGGUCCACAGUCAGAAAUCAUAGCUAACAAAUCAAGAGAAUCCAUACUGGAGAAAAACCUUAUAAAUUUAAUGAAUAUGGUAAAGUUUUCAGUUGUAAUUCAUAUCUGGCAGAACAUGUAAUAAUCCACACUGGAGAGAAACCUUUGAAAUGUCAUUAAUAUGGCAAAAUGUUCUGUCUAAACUCCAGCAUGUCAUCAGAGAAUUUAUACUGCAGAGAUACUGCACAAAUUAAUAUGGCAAAUUGUUUAGUCUAAUCUCAUCCCUAGCACAUCACUGGGGAAUUUAUACUUGAAGGAAACCUUAGAAAUGUAAUGAAAGUGUUCAGAUCUGUAGUCAAAUUUGACACCUUGUGUACCAAAAGACUCACAGGAGAGGAUUCUUACAAAUUCAGUGAGUUCAUCAAAGCUGUUAGUAUGGGUUUAAGCCCAAACAUGUAAUCUAUACUGGAGAAGGUGUUAAGGUUGUAUGUGACAGUCUGUAACUUGGAAUUAGAUUUUAUCCUGGAGAAUAAGCUUAUGAAUGUACCAGAAGUCUUCAGUCAUUGGUCAAGUCUUACAAACCACUGAACAAUGACAGCUGGAAAGAUAAUUUUUACAUGUGAAAAAUGAGACAAGCCUUGAGUUAUUUAAGGGUUACUAACUGCUAAUCGACAAUGGAGAGAAACCUUCCCAAUGUAUUGGGUGUUACAAUGCCUUAAGGUGAAAAUCAGACAUUAGUAUUCACUCAAAAACUCAAACUGGAAAGAAACCUUACAAAUUAAAUGAUAAGGGAAAAUUGUGAGUAUGCACUCAAGCCUCAGGACAUAUCAAAAUAUAUCCUUAUUAAAACCUUAGAAAAAUGCAGUUUGGCAAAUCCUAUCUUCUUCACUCAUAUUUCAGUACACAUCAGAUAACUUGUACUGGGGAGAAACCAUAGAAAUGUGAUGAAUGUGCACAUUCACACCUUGCAUAAAACUAGAGAAUUUGUAUAUGAGUGAUACCAGAAAUGCAACAAGGGUGUCAAAACCAUGUUGAAUUCAAGCAAUAAUAUCUCAUUGCAUACUAAAGAGCAACAGUUAUAAAAGGCAUAUGCUUAAUCAACAAGAGACUUCCAAGCUUCAGCAUUCACUAGGCAUCAAAUAAUACAUCUUUGGGGAAGCCAUAUGAGGGUAAUGGGCAUGCAAAGGCUUUUAUCCAAACAUCAAAACUGGAAUAGAAUAGUUGAGCUGGGGAGCAACUUUACAGAUGUAAUGAAUUAGUCUUUUGUCUAAUGUUCAUUUUGUUGUCAUAAAAGGAUUUGUUCUCGAGUGAAACCAGACAAAUACAGUGAGAUUAGAAACUUCACUUUUGCCAGGCGUGGUGGUACAUGCCAGUAAUACCAGCAGGUGGGAGGUUAAGGUAAGAGGAUAGCCUUAAGUUUGAGGUCAGCCUGGGCCACAUAGUUAUAGGCUAGCCUGAACUGACCUUGUCUCAACAUAAACACAAAAUGUUCCUUCUUCAAAGAUGUGUCCUCAGGAUCCACGAAAGAAUUUCUACUGCAAAAAAACUUUUAGAAAUAUAAUGCUAUGGUGAAUUAUUUGACAUUCUCAAAUGUACUUUGUAUCAUACAAUUUUUAUGAAGACUAAGUCCAAGGUUAAACUUCUGUUUUGGAUACUGCAGAGUAAUUACAAGUUAAACUAUGUUAACAUUCCUGCUAUAUGUCAAAGAUGCAAGGACAUUUGUAAAUGGCCACCUAAUUUCAGGUUAUAAAAUACUCCAUUCCUUGAAGGUUUGUGGGCAGAGGGAGAUGGUAGUGCUUGUAUCUAGACAUAACCCAAAGCCUUAUGCAGUGGUAGGUGCAGAGCUUUGGAGGUGGCUGCAUCCAGGGUGUGUGAUACUGGGACGGAUUCUUGGUGCGUUGGUAGGAUUGAGGGUACCCCACCGUGAGUGUGAGGUCUCCUGCCCUAUGUGGGGCUGCUGUCCUUGCUUAUGGCUGCUGCUUUACUGCCUUUAGCUGCUUUUCCAUGGCCCUCUGCUAUGCCAUCCUGCUGUGGCGACCACCAACUAUGAACUGAAACCUCUACAAACUAAGCCAAAAUAACUUUUCCUCCUGUAACAUUGCAUGUUGAAUAUUUUGUCUUAGCAACACAAAAAUAAGACAAAAGGCUACCUAUAUUUGAAUUUUAACAUGAACUUUAAAACCUAUUGAUAUCCCUUUUUUUUUUAACAGGCUUUUCACAGUAGUGUCAAAAAGGCAUCAAUAAAAUGAAAGACCUUACCUCAUGAAGUGAAGAUCACUAUUGUCUGUUCCUUUGGAACAAGGUCACUGCCUAAUAAAAAUAAAUAUUUUCAUUA